CAGGUGUGGGGUGGGGAGAGAGGGAAGGAGGGGAUAGUGAGGUGGUCGGAUCAACUCUACUCAACCAGUUGGUGGUGGACAGUCGCUCGUGCGGCUGUGGAGUGCGAUACGCCUGCGUUAGAUCGAGUAUUUUCUUAUUCGAGGACAGGACAGUCAAGAAAUGGCAGGCCAGGGGAGGACAACUGAUCAUCAGAGUUUCUUAAACAAUUUAUUGAUGAUGCGAGAACAAGAAAUUAGAUUACUGUCUAAAAAACUGCAUCACCAGGCCGCCCUUGACUCUGACGGAGGUUCAGGUAUCAGCGAGGGGAGCAUCGGCAGUCCUGAGCCUCAUAACUUGUCCAUGUCGCCCCUUCGUGCCUUGUCCCCGCCCCCCACAACACAAAGGAGUUACAGUCGUUACAGCGAUGAUCACCACAACAUUCCUUCUAACUCAACACUACCACGAGAACCAACCUACGACCAGCGCCCCGGAGAACACCAGCCUUUGAACACCUUUCAUCCACUUUACGACACUCUGGUGGAACAGUAUGACCAGAACCACAUCUACAACAGAGGAGCUGACGAUAGCAGAGACCGUGGCGGGUACUGGGAUAGAAGCCGCCACCAGGAUACUCAUCAGGAGCCUGGGGAAGCCACCCGCCAGGAGGAGGACAGAGACAUUGCAGCCAGGAUGACAGAGAGCUUUCGUGAACAGCAGCAAAAACAGCAACAAGUUCUAGCAACACAAGCUCUUUUGGGCUCCCUCACCACUCAAACCAACCAUCAUCCACUCCUGCCCUACUCUUCCCUCCACUCUGACAAUGUGAUGGGCGGCUCUAGCCUUCUGGUGCGGGCGUUAGCGUCUUCGGCGCCACGACGCCCACGAGGCGAGAAAAAACCUAUUCCAGAAACAUUGAAAGACGAAAAGUAUUACGAGCGGAGAAGAAGAAACAACCUGGCAGCCAAAAAGUCUCGGGACGCCAGGAAGCAGCGCGAGGAUCAGAUUGCCAUUCGUGCCUCUUUUCUGGAGAAGGAAAAUUCAGUGCUGAGAGCGCAAGUAGCUACACUAAGAGACGAAGCAUCUUCUCUUCGGCAUCUCUUACUGCAGAAAAAGAAAAAGUAGCUCUCGCCCAUAAAGGAGGGAUGAAAGCAGUAUGUCAGGCCUUACUCUUAGUUUGAAGACAUAAUAAGAGUGGGAAUUAAUUCAGUUAAUAGUAUGAGAAUUAAUUAAUGAAUGGCAUUUAUAGGCUACGUGUGUGUGUGUGUGUGUGUGGGGUGAUGUAUUGU